AUGAACAAAUUUCUUGAGUUUAUUGAAAAAGUUGAUAUUUUUGGAGUUCAAAUUGUGCUCCUUACAAAUAAUAAAGAAUCAAGUUUCUAAAGUAGAAUAGGAGGAUUGAUUUCACUUGUGUUAGGUAGCUUAAGCUUUGCAUAUACAUUAUAUAUAUUAGUUUUAUGGACUGAAAAUAAAAUACCACCCAAUAUUAAUACAAAAUAAGAAACAACGGGGUAUUCUGAGUUUUAAUGGUCUGAACCACUAAUUUUCUUUACUUUAUCCGAUUUUACUUCUUCUAUUGAUCCUUUUCGAAAUUAGAAUAAUAUAAUAACUCCUUUGUUAUACACCUUAAGAAAUGGUAUGAUUAAAGAAAAUCCUAUUGCUCUAUUUAGUGACUCAUUGCAACCAAACUCUAUAAUAAUAAGUAACGGUACUUUAAUCUUAAACAACGGAGAUUAGGAUGAACAUACGGAGGAAAUGUAAGAAUAUUUAUUGGUAUUUGCUCAAUGUUCGAAAGAAUAUUUAUAAGCUGAUGGUUAUUGUGCUGAUGAUACUACAAUUGAAGAAUAUACAUCUAUUUAUCAUGGAUUUAUAGAUAUAACUAUUAGAUUGAAUCAAUUAAAUUAUUAAAGUAAUUAAUUAGAAACAUUUUAAAAAACAUAUUAUCAAGCAUUUGAUCCAAAAAGACCCCUUUAUACAUAAGUGAUGUUAAAAUAACAAGAAACUAUUAUUGAUGAUGGUAUUUUGUUUACAAAUUAAAAGAGUUAAUAGUUUUUAAAUAAUUAUGAAAUAAUCAAUUAAGAAGUUGAUAAUAGAUUUAUACCACAUGCUAUUGAAUCAAUGUCCUAGAAUCCGUUUACUCUUGAUAUUUCAAGUACUUUUCUUUUUAGAAUCGAUAACAUAUCUAUUGUUGAAGAAGUUAGUAUGCCAAAAUUAGGGUCUAUUCUGGCUUAAAUAGGUUCAAUAGUUGAUAUCAUAUUUUUAAUGCAGUAUGUUGCAUUUUAUUACAAUAAUAAAUUACUUGAAAAUGGAUUAUUUCAUGAUAUAGUUACUAUGUACUAUCCAGAAUUUAAGAAUUUUAAGCCAAAUAUAAUUAAUAAAUUUUAAAUAAAUGAUGAAAUCAAUUAAUCCUAAAUAACGACUUAAAUUUUGUAAUAAAAAUAUUAAACUUUACUGAAAGGAGCCAAAGAAAAAUGCAGAUUGAAUAAUAUACUUUAUGAAAUAUCUAGAAUUUAGUUGAUUCUUGAAUAAUAAUUUGGACAAUCAGUUUUGCAAUCAAGUCAUUCCUUAGGAAGAAAAAUAACAAAAGAUUAAUUAGAAUAAGUUUGUGAUAGUUUAUAUGAAUCAAAUUGUCUAGUUGUUAAACCAGUAGAUUCAUCUAACUAAGAGAUCAAGCAAUCUAUUGAUGAACCUUUAACAAUUUUAAUUAAACCAUCCUGA